UAAAGGGAUAAGAGGAAAUAGAGAAGAAUACCCCAUAUCAGAAGAGUAAUAGCGAAAGCGUCGAAAAUGCGCAGCAUCCGAAUGGAUCAAUGAGUUUCCUAAGCGCACGUCUCUACCGCUCCUCUCGCACUCACUGUUUCUGUUCAUCUUGUUUGGGCUUGGCCGCUUUUGUCAUCUCCCAUAAUUGAUAAAAACUAUCAAAAAAUAACGCGAGAUGAAUUGUGGAAUCUAAUAUGUAAUUGCGGCUGCAGGAUCCUAGGGGUUGGAGAACAAUGGGUGGAGGACAACACCCCAGAAUGGAUUCCUUUAAAAGAAUAUUACUGUAUAAAUUUGCAAUAUUGCAAAUAUACAUCACCAUCAUUGCAGCAGACCGUUCCCCUUCUUACGAAAAUCCUAAAUACUUCAAUAUCGGUGGAGUCCUUUCUAACAACCAGAGCGAAGCACACUUCAAUGAGACCAUCGAUCAUCUAAAUUUUGAUUCUCAAUAUGUUAAUAAAGGAGUGACAUAUUAUCACACAGUCAUAGAAAUGGAUUCAAAUCCAAUAAGAACUGCACUGAGUGUCUGCAAUUCUCUAAUUGCUAGAAGAGUCUAUGCAGUUGUAGUAUCCCAUCCUUUAACAGGGGAUUUAUCACCAGCUGCGGUAUCAUACACAAGUGGAUUCUAUCAUAUACCAGUCAUAGGGAUAUCAUCGAGAGAUUCAGCAUUCUCAGACAAAAACAUUCAUGUCUCCUUCCUAAGAACUGUACCACCAUACUCGCAUCAGGCUGACGUUUGGGUAGAAUUAUUGAAACACUUCAACUAUAUGAAAGUCAUCUUCAUCCACAGUUCAGACACCGACGGCAGGGCUUUACUUGGUCGGUUUCAAACUACCUCACAAAGUUUGGAGGACGACGUGGAGAUCAAAGUACAUGUGGAAUCCGUUAUUGAAUUCGAACCAGGUUUGGAGAGUUUUACAAAACAACUCAUGGAUAUGAAAAGUGCCCAAGCCAGGGUCUGUCUUAUGUAUGCCUCGAAGACGGACGCCAGAGUCAUCUUCAGAGAUGCAGCUGCUUUGAACAUGACUGGUUCUGGAUAUGUAUGGAUUGUGACUGAACAAGCUUUGGAAGCACCAAAUGUUCCAGAAGGGCUUUUGGGCCUGAAACUAAUAAAUGCCACAAAGGAAAAGGCUCACAUAAAGGACAGCCUGUACGUUUUGGUCUCUGCUCUAAGAGAUAUGAAUGAAACGGAGCACAUUACUGAGGCACCUAAGGACUGCGAUAACUCUGGUUCUAUUUGGGAAACUGGCAAGAAGCUCUUUGAUUACAUAAGACGUCAAGUUUUACCAAACGGAGCAACUGGCAGAGUCGCCUUUGAUGACAACGGAGACAGAAUUUUUGCAGAGUACGACGUUAUAAAUAUUAAAAAUGAUGAGCAAGUAUCUGUUGGCCAGUACUUUUAUUGUCCUAAUAUCAGCAAGAUGCGAUUGCGCCUAGAGGAGAACAAUAUCACCUGGCCAGGCGGUUUACGAACCAAACCAGAAGGUUUUAUGAUUCCAACACAUUUAAAAGUUUUAACCAUAGAAGAAAAACCAUUUGUCUAUGUCAGAGAACCUCUGGACAAUGAGUGGUGUCAACCUGAUGAGAUUCCUUGUCCCCAUUUUAAUACAACCCAGUAUGAAAACACACGUAUAUUUUGCUGCAAAGGCUACUGUAUUGAUUUACUAAAAGCAUUAUCAAAAACCACAAACUUUACAUACAGUCUUGCCCUGUCUCCGGAUGGCCAAUUUGGAAAUUAUAUGAUCAAGAAUAGUUCUGGUGGAGGAAAGAAAGAAUGGACUGGCCUCAUUGGUGAGCUCGUAAACGAAAGAGCUGAUAUGAUAGUAGCACCAUUAACAAUAAAUCCAGAGCGUGCCGAGUUCAUAGAAUUUAGCAAACCAUUCAAAUACCAGGGUAUCACCAUCCUCGAGAAGAAACCGUCUAGGUCAUCUACUUUGGUCUCUUUCCUGCAACCGUUCAGCAAUACUCUGUGGAUCUUGGUGAUGGUGUCGGUGCACGUGGUCGCACUAGUUCUGUACCUCCUCGACCGGUUCUCGCCUUUCGGGAGGUUCAAGCUAGCCAACACUGACGGCACCGAGGAAGAUGCACUGAACCUGUCCAGUGCGAUAUGGUUCGCCUGGGGAGUUUUACUCAACAGUGGAAUAGGAGAAGGAACACCCAGAAGCUUCUCUGCUCGUGUACUCGGUAUGGUUUGGGCUGGAUUUGCUAUGAUCAUUGUGGCAUCUUACACUGCCAACUUAGCAGCUUUUCUCGUGUUGGAAAGACCUAAGACGAAAUUAACUGGAAUUAAUGAUGCUAGGCUAAGAAAUACUAUGGAGAAUUUAACUUGUGCUACUGUCAAGGGUUCUGCUGUAGACAUGUAUUUCAGAAGACAGGUGGAAUUGUCAAAUAUGUAUCGUACUAUGGAAGCAAAUAACUAUGAUACUGCGGAGGAAGCUAUUCACGAUGUCAAAAUAGGGAAGCUUAUGGCAUUUAUAUGGGACAGUUCGCGAUUGGAAUUUGAGGCUGCUCAGGAUUGUGAAUUAGUAACUGCUGGUGAAUUGUUUGGCCGUUCAGGAUAUGGAAUCGGUCUACAGAAAGGAUCGCCCUGGGCGGAUGCAGUGACUUUAGCUAUACUGGACUUUCACGAGAGUGGUUUUAUGGAAGAGUUGGAUCAUCACUGGAUAUUACAAAGAAAUGUUCAGCAGUGUGAACAGAAUGAAAAGACACCAAAUACUUUGGGAUUGAAGAAUAUGGCUGGAGUAUUUAUACUGGUCGGUGCAGGGAUAGUAGGUGGUAUAGGACUGAUUAUAAUAGAAAUGGCCUAUAAGAAGCAUCAGAUUCGUAAACAGAAAAAAUUGGAGUUAGCAAGGCACGCUGCUGACAAAUGGCGAGGAGCUAUCGAGGGUGACGAGAAACGCAAAACAUUGCGAGCUUCCAUAGCAGCUCAGCGAAGAAUUCAAAGCAAUGGCUUAAAUGAUCCUACAACAGUUAGCUUAGCAGUUGACACGGUUGCUAGGACGAGUUUGGCACCAAGAAGUCCUGGACGGGCUUGGCCUGGUGAUAGUGACAUUAGACAACGACCUUUGUCAAGAGCUGAUGACAUUAGAUUGUCACCUGCUGCCUACACUGCCGACGUAUCACAUCUUAUUGUAUAGAGAUUCUAAACUUUUCUAUCAAGUAACUUAUCUCAUUAUCACUACUAUGCACUCCCUUAUUAUAUUUGGUUUUCCUACAAUUAAGAGAUAGACGUAAGAUAUCUUUCUUUCUUUAUGAAAUCAGUUUGGCAUUAUAAUGAAAUCAAUGGGACUUACCGAACCAGUAUUAUGAGGCUUUGUCAAACUGUUGACAUUACGACAGUGACAAAGCUCGUAUUUAGUAGUAAUAAAUUGUGCCAAGUGUUUAAACUUAAGAAGACACAUGCUUGGAAUGAAUGCAUAAUAAUUUCUAGUCUAAGAGAUAGUUGUGAUCUCUUAAUUAAUCUAAUUAUUGAACAAAAGCUAAGAAUUAAAUAGGAAUAGAAGGAGAGAGUCCUAUGUGUUGAUAGAAUCAGGCUUUUUCAGGAAUAUAAGACGAAGACGAUGAAUGAGUGACACUGUAUGACAAGUAUCAAUAUUGAAAAUGUACUAUUAAGCUAGUCGAUACAAUGAUCUCAUAGUGUUAAUAAUGAAAGAGUGACUAUUAAGGUUAUAUUAUGUUAAUGAAUGACAAAAUUGAUAUAUGCAUAUGAUAAAGGAAUAGAAAUAUACAGUACCAGUGUCACUAAAGGAAUAUGAUAUUUCUAAUCCUAUGGUUAACCAUUAAGAAGUUAACUACUAUGUACUAGAAUGCACAGCGAAUAGUUAUGUCGUUGUUACCUGUACUUCGAUUGUUUAUUGUUUAAAAAAAAAUAAAAAUGAUAUAAGUUAAAAA